AUUACCUUAUGUCCAAGAUCGACCAGAUCUUAGUCCACAUCAACUAGUCUUCGAUACAAUCGAUUAUAUGAAUGAAUAUAAUAAGAAAGAUGACCCAAAUAAAUUUAUCCAACGUAUUCCUUUUAUUUUUACCAAUCCAAAUGCCUUAUAUUACUUCAACAAUAAAAAAGCUCCACACGGUGAAAUUAUGACUUAUAAUUAUUCAGAAAGCGCUAGUGUAAAACAAUUAGGGUUACCUGAUGGAAUUCCAAAAAAUUAUGUUGAUCUUUGGGUCGACGCUCUACAACCUUUCUUUGACGAAUUGGAUGCAAAUUUUACAAGCGGUCUCAUAAAUUUAAAACGUUAUGAUCAUUAUAGUGUCUAUUCUUAUUUAAGAGAAAUUUAUCUCCCCAAAGUAAUACCAUCAAAAUCUGCUUAUUAUGAUGAAAUUAUUGAUGCUAUUGAAUUACAAGAAGCUGGCACAGGAAUGCAACGGUUACCUAAUGCUUUCUUACCAAUGAUCAAAAAGGAAAAUAUUAAUUUGACUUAUAAUAGUGAAGUUUAUAAGCUAGAAAAAACAAAUGAUAGUAAAAUUGAAGUGUAUUGGAAAAAUAAUGGAAGAAGUGUCUCCGAAAUUUUUGAUCGAGUAAUUGUCACUGUUCCGUUAGGUAUCGUCCGUCAUUGGGAUUUACCCUUAACAUUAUCAUAUGGAAAAAGAAGUGCAAUUCGUGAAAUGAAUUAUGGAUUUUCUGGAAAAAUUUUUCUCCAAUUCAAAUCACGUUUUUGGGAAAAAUCUCCUAAAGAAACUGGUGCUAAUCCUACAACUUCUAAUGUCGGAAUUGUUGGUGGUAUCACUCACACUGACCUUCCUAUUCGUACUUUGGUUUAUCCUUCAUAUUAUGUAAAUAUAUCUUCUGAUAAACCUGGUAUCCUUUUAGCAUCUUAUACAUGGGGUAAUGAUGCGGUAAAAUAUGGUCAAUAUACUGAGGAAGAACGAUUUGAACUUGCUUUAAAAGAUUUAGCAACUAUUCAUGGUGAUAUUGUAUAUAAAGAAUGGGUUCCAGGUAAAGAUAAUAAUAAGGCUGAGUAUUGGCCGAAUGAUAGAACUAGCGGAGGUGCCUAUGCAUACUAUGGUGUCUCACAACUAGAAUCAAUAAUGGGUCCCAUGAUGAGACCGGAAGAAUCUAUUCAUUGGGGUGGAGAGCAUACUGACAUACAUUGUGCUUGGAUUGUUGGAGCUCUAAAUUCAGGAGUUAGAGUAGUUAAAGAAAUACUACUUGAAAAUUUAAUGGGUGAUAAAUGGUCUGAAUUAAAGGAGACAAGAUUAUUAAAAUAUUGGAAUGGGAAUCUUGGUGCUUUUGAAGGAUAUUAA